AUGUAUCCGGAUAUAGGUCUAACCGGCUUUUUAUUUAAACAAAAUGGCGCCCAUCCUGUACCGCAUAGACGCUGGCCCGCCAUCAAACGCGAACAUAAAUCACCAGAAUACCUCAAAAUCAAUCCCAUCGGCGCAAUUCCAGCAUUAAAAGAUGGCGAGUUCAUUCUUUCAGACAGCCACGCCAUUAUGAAGUAUCUUCUUUCAAAGUAUGCACCAGAUCAAGUCGAGUCUUUAUACCCAAGUGACUUAGAAACGCGCGCGUUGGUCGACCAGACCAUGUACUUCGACACCGGCGUGUAUUUCAUUAAGCUUAAAAAUGUUGUACUGCCUUCAAUUUUCGGUAACUAUACCGAAACCCCUGAAAAGUCGAAGGGGGAGAUCGACGACUGUUACAAGGUACUGGAGACCUACCUUGAGAACCGAAAAUACAUUGCAGCCGACCACCUGACUCUUGCAGACAUUGCUGUAGUAGCGACCACUAGCAGCAUGCAACCGAUUCACAAGUUGGAUUCGGAGAAAUUCCCGCGCACCGCUGCAUGGCUGUCACGUUUGGAACAAGAGCCUUUCUUUAAGAAGUUCAUGGCACCCGGCGCAGAAUUAUUGGGCAAUAUACUGUACUCAAUCUGGGAAAGAAAUAAACAAAAGAAAUUAUAA